UUGAUUCGAAAAAUAUGAGUGAGUUUUUCCUGCUUUGCAUGCUCAACUUAGCCCCGCAUUUGAAUUACCUUGCGCGUGAGUACGAACCAUACACUCUGUAUCUGAAAUAAUACGUAUUGCUAUUGACGCCAGGUAGCCACUAAUGCAGGAGAAGUGUUCAUUGGGUAGUCUUUAAAGCCACAUUUGACUAACGUUAGCCAAGUUGAGCUAGCUAACAGUAGCCUGUACUGUCGCAGACUGACCCUUCUUCAAAACAAAUCACUAUCCGCUCACAGGCUAAUGUAUGAUAGCUAACAUAGCUAGCUUAUACUUAGCUGGAGAGCUAGUGACUUAGUAGCUGACUGCUGGACGAAAAACUCCACCAACAAUCCAGUGCAGACGAAAGGAAUAGCAGCGGACUUGCAAUCAUAGGUUAUGGUGAGCCUCUCAGUGUCUCAUCUCCUAAAGAGGCCUGCGUUUUAAGAGGAGACCCAUGCUGAUAAAUGCCAGGCCUCGCCACACUCUCUGUCGUCUGCACAAACACAAAUGCCUGCCUGCCCGUGGGGGAGGUCUGAUUAAAGAUAUCCACAUUUCAUCCACUGGGCUGUGUCCCCUGUCCCAGCGGCCACCAUGUUUUGGAAGUUUGACCUGCACACCACCUCCCACAUUGACCAGCUUCUGGACAGGGAGGACGUGACGCUUAGAGAGCUGAUGGAGGAGGAUGACGUCCUACAGGAGUGCAAGGCCCAAAACCGUCGGCUGCUCCUCUUCCUCUCCCAGGACCACUGCAUGCAGGAGCUGGUCAGCCUCAUCACCACGGAGCCACCUGCUGACCUAGAGGAAAGAAGCCGCUUUAAGUUUCCCAAUAUUGCUUGUGAGCUCCUGACAUCAGAUGUGUCCAUUAUAAAUGAUAAGCUGGGUGGGGAUGAGUCUCUCCUCGAGAUGCUCUACCAUUUCCUGGAGCAGGACCCGCCCCUCAACCCCCUACUUGCCAGCUUCUUCAGCAAAACUAUCGGCAAUCUCAUUGCCAGGAAAACGGAACAGGUGAUUACCUUUCUAAAGAAAAAAGAAGGCUUCAUUGGUCUGGUGCUGAAACACAUUGACGCCUCUGCCAUGAUGGACCUGCUGCUUCGCCUCAUCAGUUGUGUGGAGCCUGCCCCCUUGAGGCAGGAGGUCCUGCAUUGGCUGAAUGAGGAAAAGUUGGUACAGAGACUCACAGAGCUCAUCCAUACUGGCAAAGAUGAGGAGAGACAAUCAAAUGCGUCCCAAACGCUUUGUGACAUCAUCCGCCUUAGUCGAGACCAGGCCAAUCAGAUGCAGGAGAAUGUGGAGGCUGACCCACUAUUGGCUAUACUAGAGUCGCAGGAGAGUGUAGCAGGACUUCUGAAAAACAUGUUUGAGGGGGAGAGGAGUGAGGCCUCCAUUGUUAACGGAACUCAAGUGCUGCUUACCUUACUGGAGACCAGGAGGUCUGGGUUGGAAGGGCUGAUGGAUCUGUAUUCUCAGGGUUAUGAAAGGUCUUACACUGUCAACAGCAGUAUUUUAAAUGCCAUUGAGCCCCAUUUAAAGGACUUCCAGCAACUUUUUCUGGAUCCCCCCAAGAAAAGUGCAAUAUUGACGACCGUUGGCGUUCUAGAGCAGCCACUGGGGAACGCCCGCCUUCAUGUGGCCCGACUGGUGGCUGCCCUGCUGCAGACCAGUGCACCCACUAUUUGCCAGGAGCUCUGCAAUCUUGCUACCAUGGAUCUACUACUGGAUCUGUUCUUCAAAUACUCCUGGAAUAACUUUUUGCACUUCCAAGUGGAGCUGUGCGUGGCGGCUAUUCUGAACCAUCCUUCCUCAGAAGAGCGGCCCAGCCCAGGGCUCCAGAACCACAAUGGGAAGCCUGCAGCAGCAACAUCCAACUCUGAGGGGCAGGUGGAGCAAGUGGAGACAGGCAGGACCAGUGACCCACAGACCUCUAUCCAUAAUGCCCUUGUGGCACAUCUCUUCCAGAAAUGUCGGUUGGUUCAGAGAAUCCUUGAUGCCUGGGAGGAAAACGAUAAAAUACAGGCUGAGGGUGGCACCAGGAGAGGAAACAUGGGUCAUCUGACCAGAAUUGCCAACAUGGUGGUCCAGAACCUGGAGAAAGGACCAGUACAGGCCCAGAUCACAGACCUCAUCAAAGAGCUGCCAGAAGACUGCAGAGGUCGCUGGGAGAGCUUUGUGGAUGAGACCCUGAGAGAAACUAACAGAAAGAACACGGUAGAGCUGGUAAGCACCCACAACAUGCACUCAUCCAGUGAGGACGACGACAUGGAGAGCCCCUUCCCCAACGAUCUUUCUCUCCAACAAGCUUUCUCAGACUAUCAGAUCCAACAGAUGACUGCCAACUUUGUGGAUCAGUUUGGGUUUAAUGAUGAGGAGUUCACAGAGCACGAUGAAAAUAUCAAUGCCACAUUUGACAGAAUUGCCGAAAUAAACUUCAAUCUAGAUGCUGAUGAUAAUAGUGCCAAUGCGGCUGCUUUUGAAGCCUGCUGUAAAGAGAGGAUACGCCAGUUUGAUGAUGCUGAAGAGGAAGAGGACAUUUGGGAGGAGAAGGAGAUCAACUAUGCAAAACAAGCUAAAUCAAGAACAAGGUUUGGGGUCUCUCAAACCUCAGAUGGAAGCUCCAGGAGCAGCAUGGAAAAUGGAGGCCGGGAACGGGAUCGUGGAUCUGAAUCUGAUGAGGACGAAGACUCUGAGCAGAACAUAUCAGAUGCAGGUCCUGCCUGGACGGCAAAUUUCAGGGAAUCUGGAGAAACUGCAGCAUCCCAAACCACAGCAGGGUGGGACAGCUCAGCUGGGAGUGGAGCAGAGACACAGGAAACUGGCUGGGCCAACUUCACUGAGUUCCAGCCUUUCUCUGGUACAGAGACUGAUCCCAGGUGCAGCUCUCCUGUGGACUCGGGCAGCACUGAUGCAGAUAAACAAGCCAAACAAAACCACGAGAAGAGUGCGGAUGCUAGUGCCUCCUCUGGUCCUUGGCCAGCAGGAGAAGGCAGGAAGGCUCCACUCGUGGCCUCAGACAGCAGCUCCUCUGGGGGAUCAGACAGCGAGGAGGAUGACAAAAAUGCUGGUGCUCCUCCUGCCAUCACCUCGGAAACAGCCGACGCCCCCAGCAACAAGACAGCUGACCUCAAAAGUGAGGAGAGUCCGGUGUCUCUGGAGAAACUCUCUCUGUCAGAUCCUCCUAAAGCUUCAGAGCAGCAGCCUGCUGAGGACUCCUCUGUAAACACACAGACUGACAGGAAAGAGGAAGCUCCCCCGCCUCAGGAGGUGUCGGUCAACGGGCCGGUGUGAGGCCGAGCACCGCAGAAAGUCCUCAGCGACGGCGCCACAGACUGUCAGCCUCCUCCAGAGUGACUCCCCCAAAUAACCUCACUGCAACUACGGUGUUUUUACUGAAUCACUCUGCCAUGUUAUUGGACCUGGACACUGCCAAUCAACACCAAUAAUGAGGCGGCGGAACAUGUAAAAAUAAAAAACGAGAAAAAAAAAGAAAAAACCAACAGACCGAGUGGAGUGUAGAGGAAUCAUCUUCAAAGCCUUUUUUCCGAUGUUGCACAUAAUUACGUGCGGUUUUAAUGUAGCAGCGAUCUUUGAAACGACAGAAUCCGAGGGGUAACAUCAUCAUCGUUAUUUUUUUAUGUCCUGAAAGAUUUCUCUCCUGCUCCUCAUUGAUAGGGAUUUUACAUGGUCACCCCUGAAUGGAUAGCACAGGCUAACUUUUAACGAUGCCUCAACAAUAAAUACCUGUUUUUGAAACCAUUUUUUGCUUAAGAAAAAGCACUUAUGCAGCCAUUUACUGUACAUUAUAGCACAAUGUAAGUGUUUUACCCUCAUCUCUGCUGGCUGUCUUUUCUGUCCUCUCACCAGAUCAAGGUUUUUAACCAUUGUUUCCGUUUUGUUUUGGUUUUUUCCCCUCUCUUUGGUUGCUGUUUGAUGAAACAUCCGUUACCAUCGUGCAUCACCAGGUUCUGAAUGUUUUGAAGUGCUUCAGGAGGGUCGUAGAGGAGGAGGAGGGGCGGGUCGAUGAACAGAGCUCUAAUAGUAUUACUGUCUUUUGCUCAUGUGCAAUAAUGUCAAUUAGCCAUUUUAUUUAAAAAUGAAAUUCAGCAUUUCUUCUUUUAAAAAAACAAAAACAAAAAAAACAACUCAAUCUAGCGUUGGGGAAACAUUUGGUGUAGUUUGGGCAAACAAAUUUGGAUAUAAUCUCAAGUUGAGGUUUCUGAUUUUUACUGUUUUUUUUUUCUUUUUUUUAGUGCAUGUAUAACCGGUUCUCUGUUGACCUAGCUAGUGAGCUAAGACCUUCUGAUUGUAUUGACCUUUAAGUUCUUAUUGCUAUCCCCCUUAAAUCAACCAAACAUUAUCUACCUAUAUACAAAUAUUAUCUACAUUUAAAAGGAAUUUUACAAGCAAUCUUGAGAUUACUAUUGUUGUCUGUUCCUUUUUUUCUCUCUCACUCUCCACCAAGCACUUACUCACAGGGCGAGAGUGGCAUCUGGUAAGAGUGACGCUGUAUGCCCCCCCCCCCCUUUUUUUUUUUUUUUUUUAAGUUUAAUUUUAUUUUCUUUCUGAGCAGCAGGAUUGGAAGGAGUGCAGGUCUGGGUUCUGCGGAGCUCUAGGCCUCUUUGAUGUACUUAAAUCAUUUGACAGCGAUCAGGUUCUAUGAUCAUUGUUAAAACAUUUAAAAUUAAAAAUGUCUGGUUGACCACAUUAAUGCCAAAA